UAUCUUAUUGACUUUUCAUAUUAAUAUUGUGUUGAUAUUAUAUAUGUACCAACCCAUGGUUUCCAACUAUUGUGAUAAUUCUUCAUAAAAAUUCACAGCUUAUUAUUUAAUGUGGCAUACAGUACGUGCUUUCAUAGAUGAGCAGCAAAAAAAAUUAAGAAUAAUAUACAGUAAAACUUCAAGUUUCAGUACUGAACUUUGAAUUGUAUUUCACAAAAAAAAAGUGCAUUUAAAUGCAGUCUGACACUGGCAAAUAACCACAAAACUCAACUUAAACAAUUGGUUUAUUUUGCUGUAUCUCAAGAAUCCAUCAGUCAGUGAUAACAAGCAGUGGGAGAAGCUCAUUCAAAGCAGAGACUGACAGUCAACACAUGGUAAAAUUGUUUAUAUAAAUCUACUUCAGAAUUACAGAUUUACAACCAUUACCUAGAUUCCUGAAGAAUGAAAGGAAAACCCAUUGAUUCACUGAAUGUCUGGCUGUUGUCAUAAAGAAGCAAGGAGAGGGUGGCAUCAUGAAACAGUGGCAAAAGUAAAUUCUGAUUUCUCUCCCAGCAAAAAUUUUAACUAUAAUUUCUUCCCAUGUGAAAUCUUAUCGAAAGUUAUUUUUCUUUUUUAUCGAUGAAUGAAUGAAAGUAAAUCAUAUUAAAAUUCAUGACUGAUUAAUAUUUUUGUUAUUUAAACUAUUCAUGAGUAUUAUGUUUUCAAUGAAAUGAGAACAUUUAAUCUAAUAUAUUGCAAAAUAUGAAGAAAUAUUAAAUUUCCUACACUUUCUUAAGUUUAUAAUAUAUAAUGCUACCCCAUGCUGCAAAAUCGACCAUUUCACACCGUGACUUGGUGAUGAAUUAGAAGUAAAAAUAUUUUUUCCAUUACUGAUAACAAGUGUGUUUACAUUGGGCAAUGCAAGCUUUCUUUUGUUGGCAAAAAACCUCCUCCCCGAUGUAGAGGCGGAAAAACCUUGCUUACUGGUCAUCAAUCAGGGCUGUCAUUCCCAUUACACUCAUCCUUAGCUCCCUACGAUAUAUCUAGAGGCAUUUUGCAAUAUCACUUCCACUUCAUGAAAAUAUGUUGGAUUGAGAAAUGAAUUCUUGUUCUCUUUGAGUAGGAAAGGUGUUCUUAAUUGUGGUGAAAAAAAAUUCAGAUUAUAAUGGGAUCAUUUGUGGAUUGGAUCAAAGGAACAACUUAAAGAAAAAAUGUUCAUUUAGUUCAGAUAUCAUAAUAUAUAAUAAUUUUGGACUUGUACAUUAUUGUGUGAACUUUUAAAACAGACAAAAAGAGAGAGAUGUAUGGAGUUUCAUUCAUCAUUUGUUUCAUCACUUUUGCUGCUCUAAUAAAUCAGGUUUGGCCAAUGGCAAACAGCAUUGGUCAGGAUUGUGUGGUAAGCUUGACCAUACCCAUGGACAGCAUCAAAAGCAGCUGCAACACAGACGAGAGAAUACUGAGGAAAAUGCAGGCUUUGGAGGCCAAGCUUGAACGGAUGAACAAGAAGGUAGAGGGGUUGGCGGUUAGAAUGCCACAAGUCACAUCACAAAUAGGCGGAAAUCAAGAAACUAUGAGAAGAUUGGAGUCUAACCUAGCGAAAUCAGCAACAUAUGUCAAAGAAUUGGAUAACAAAAUUCUUGAAUUGGAAUCUAAGCUGCCAAAAUUAAACGGAGAGGAUAACAUUGUCUCACAGCGAAGCAAUUCCUUGGAUUCUCUAUUGGAUCCAGUUAGGCCCCUGGUCAUGAAUGAACUGGACAGAUUCAAAGACAUCUGGAUGAGAGAUCUGACUGAGAAUAUUGUACCUUCAAUUCUUAAUUCAGAAAACAAACUAGGUGUUGCAUUUAAAGAAAAACUUAUUCAAAAUCUAAGAGCACACAUAAAAGCAGACCUUUUUAAACCAUUAGAAAUUGUUGAAUCUUCCAGUGACAUUGAGGAGGACAUCAACAACUCCACAGAUCUGGAAGAACUUGGCACAGAGUUUAUGGUUGUGACAAAACAUACAGAAAUUCCAGAGACCACAUCCGAGACACCAUGGGAUCACAAUUCAUUGGACAUGUUGGCACGGACGUUAAAAUCUAUCAGCAUCGGUUCUGAUAACAAAACUAAAGGAAAUGCCAACACAGAAGAUAAAACAGCAUCUAAUUCUUCAUCUGUUUUCAACAGAGAGAAUGUGUUGAAAUUGUUAACAUUUGUUAAAAGCCAGAUAUCAAAGGAGAUGAAUGAAAAAAUAAAUGAAUUUGAUUUCAAACUCCAAAACAUUAGUGAUAUUCUGUUUACAAGAUAUGAGAAUUUAGAAAAUAACAUUUCAAAUUUCCAUGGCAAUGAAAUAGUGCAAAGAAAUAUCAUAGAAAAUAAUCUCUCAAAUAUCAGCAAAGCUUUAAGUUUGCUAGAAGUUAAGUUCAAUGAAACUGUUGGAGAUUUACCAAAGACAGUAGAAAAUUACACCAAAUUGAAGAUGUCAACCUUGGAAACAGCAAUUUCUCAGAAACUUCACACAGCAGUAUCAAGAAUGGAUGAAGAGAUUUACUCUCAGGGCAGAAGAGUUAACAUGUCAACAAGUCUCGUGAAUAUUUUCCAAGGUUCGCUGGCAAAAUAUCACAAUCAGAGUAAAACAGACAUCAUUCAACUGCAACAAAAGGUAGGAGAACUGGGUUUACUUCUGAAGGCAAGUGCCAAUGAUGACAGCGAUGCGAUAAACGAGAGACUGAGAUAUCUUGAGACAGAGACUCAGGCAGUGGCUGAUACACAAUUAAUGAUGGAACUAAGCAAUGAACAAUUCAAAUCUGGCUUGAAAGAAAAUCACAAAAAUGCCCAAAAUGAAAUAAAAAUUCUAAAAGAAGAAUUAGAGGCCUUACAGUAUGAAGUACUUGGAAUAGAUCAAUUGAAAGUCGCCAUGGGAAAUCAAGAUAUUGUCUUAAAUAACACUGUAGAUAAAGUCAAUACAUUUGAGAUCAAACUCAGUGACAUACAGAAAACUUUCACUGACUUCACUGUUGAAGUAAUGAGUAAAAUCCAGUGGGUGCCUUACAACUUCUCAAACUCAAUCUUCAGAAAUAAUUGUGAAGGAGGUAAAAAAUACAUUCGUAAAAGUUUCCUUGAGUCUUCUGUCAUUAAAUUUGUUGGGGUUCAACUUUGCUCCAACAUCAGAUACAAGAUCUUCCUUGCGGCCAGUAAAGAGGGGAUGUUCUAUGACAUUGGUGACAAGAACGGGCGGGGGGAGGACCACUGCCAGUUUGUGGGAGCCACCGUUCCAGACAAUACUACCAAAGCUUACACAGUGGACAAAACAUUUGUGUUUUCGUCCACUGAAGGAUAUAUACGAGCAAACUGGGAUGAGGAUCUACAUGUUGGAAAGAUAUCCUUCCUGCAGCCCACCCCCGCCUACUAUGAGUGUGGGAUUUCUAUACCAUAGAGUCAGGGCUCAAGCUUCUGAUAGCAAUCAGCAGUUAACAUACUCCUUGAAAACCAGCAGCCAAAACUGAAAACUUUCAAACCGCAAAAGAGAUCUUGUAUGAAUAAGAGGGUGUAUCCAUUUUACAGGGUGUUUCAUUAUCAGUAGGUUGUGGUUCAAGAGAAUUAAUUACAAGAAAUAACCUUAGAAGAUUGUUUUAGUUUGUAGAUUUUUGUAUUUACUCAAGUGGUUUUAUAUCUGAUGUUUAUCUAUAUAUACAGUGUAUAUUUAUUUUUUUUUUCAGAUACAUUUAUCGAUCUAACUUUAGUGGGUAUUUACCUUGGUAUGAUUUUACAAGUAUAUAGAUAUUUUUUCAUGUUUUUUCUAAUAAAAAUUUCUUAAAUAAUUAGAGAAGUUGCAUUUUUUCAACAAUUAAAUUUGAUAUAAAUCUUACGGUGCCAAUUUUUUUUUAGCUUGCUGCUACAGUGAAUCAUAAAUGUUACUUUGAUUCCUUCAACAGUAAAUCAAACUUAUAAAAAAAGUAUUAAUCAUAAUGAAAAUAAAAAGAAGCUAAAUUUUGCUGUUGACACAAUGAAAAAACUACCGGUAC